UACAUUUGACUGAUUGUAGCUGCUAGUCCACAGCUAUUUUUUACAGUCUCUGGCCCACAGAUCAUAUGAAUUAUUUGUUACCACGAUGUAGCAAUUCCUGUAAUAACGAUUAACUAACAAGCUAAUGGUCUGUUCUCUGUACGGCGAAUUUCGAAAAAUGAACUUUAAUAACAAGCAAUCUAGUGCAAUCUUUUUGCUGUUUAGCCGUCUGAUAAGAUAUUGUGUAAAUUACUGCGUGGCAGGAUAAAUCUCACAUGUGUUCUUCGUUUUCAGUAAUUUAAGAUGGUAGUGGAGGUGGAGAACUUCUUCGGUGUGUACAUGUUGUACUGCACUAAUCCCAAAUUCAAGGGUCGCAUUUACAUUGGCUUCACGGUGAAUCCAGAACGCCGGAUAGGGCAGCAUAACGCCGGGCGACACAGGGGUGGAGCUAAAAGGACCAGUGGAAGAGGGCCAUGGGAAAUGGUUCUCAUCAUUCAUGGCUUUCCAUCGGACAUUGCAGCUUUGAGGUUUGAGUGGGCAUGGCAGCACCCCCACUCCUCCCGCCGCUUGGCCCACGUGGCUCGACGGACGCGCCGUGAGUCCAGCCUCCAGUUCCACUGGCGCGUGUUGUCUCACAUGUUACGGGCGGCGCCGUGGAACCGCCUACCACUCACUGCUCGCUGGCUGAGACAGGAGUACCAGCUAGACUUCGACCCCGGCCUCCAUCCCCCUCUGCACAUCCCUGUGGCCUUCGGUAGCGUGCGAGCCAAGAAGCAGUUACAGGAAGCCCCUGGAGAGGAGCAGCUGGAGGAACAAAGACUGGAGACCUGCCUGCUGUGUCGGGAGACUGUACACACUGUAGACAGGUUGUCCUGUUUACAUCACUUCUGUCAAAUGACUAGUCACAUGAUUUGCUUAGCCAAGCACUUUCUCAAGUCUGAGCCCACCCAUCUACUUCCUGUGGAAGGGGAAUGCCCUGGCUGUCACCAUUCUGUGCUAUGGGGUAGUCUGAUUCGUCAGAAGAAAGGCUGCUAUGGCGACUUGGAAGAAAUUACAGGAUCAUCAUCAUCCCAGAGCCAUUGGACAGAUGAACUGCAGAUCUGAAGAGAGCCUGUUCUGGCACAAAUGGUGCCAACAAAAUGCACCACAGAUCAUCAGCAUGGACAAUAAGGGUACUCUUUUAAAAGCAAGAAUUUAUUCCAUGCUAGACAGAUUUGAUGAUGACCCUCACAUUGUACAGAUUGUGCGCAUAGUGCAUGAGAAUGGUGUGGGUAAAUUGGACAAGGCAUUUGUCAGAAAUGUGUUUAUAACACUGAAAGAUGAAAUGGAAAACUGAGACAUGUCUUUUCAUAAAGGAAAUUAGGUUGUGAGACUCAAUAUUUUUAUUUUAAUAACAUUUUUUAAUGCACAUACCUUUUUAACAAGUGUAAGAGAUUACUUUUUAAAAACGAGGCAGCUACGAUGAUAUUACCAGUACCACUGUAAAAAAAAAAUGGAUUGUAUUUUUUAAAAAGAAUAAAAAGAACGUGAUUACAUCCAAAAUAAUUCAGUUUUAAUUAUAGCCUUACGCAUGAAGUCCAUAAGUCAGGACUGUUCAUUGUAUGUAUUCAGUAUCCUUUUGUCCUUUUCGGAUUACCAUUGUCCAACUGUGGUUGGUGGUUUAUACAGUACCAUUUUGUAUCAAUGGUAGUUCGCUGUUCCAGUAUUGCUAAUUACCGUAUUUGUCGCCAAACCUAAUAACAAUGGGGGCCCCUUGCUUGAGGGGUGCCUGACAGCGAGCUGACUAUCAGAGGUAUCGCCAGCUGUUGGAUGCACUGGUACACGGAAGGAAAGUCCACAUGCUGUGAUUUGGGAAUCUUCUGAGACAAGUCCAACGUGAAAUCUGUUGUUUCAAAGUUGCUGUAGACUUCGUAAAUUGGACAAAUGUUGGACAGACUGGCUAGUUACACAUAAGGGAUUUUUAAGCUUGUUCUCUCAGUAGCCAUUUUUAAAAAAUUCUAAAUAAUGCAGUAAACACAAUGAAUAUUGUUCUGUUAUGUUAGAAACAGUGCACCCAAGAAACUUCCCAGUGCCAUGCUGUAGCUGAGGCCCAGUUCUGUGGGUCCAACCCACAGAACAGUAACUUUAAACAAAAACAGAAAAGAUGCAAGGUCUUGCCGGUACAAUAUAUGAAAUGGACACCAGGUUCUUUUUCAUUUCAAUUGAAUGGCUUCAAUGAAUAAAUAUGAACGGUGCGAGCAAAUUUAUUGGAAUAAUAAUGUAAUGUAUUAUUAUAAUGUCUUGUUUGGGUAAAAUAACAGUGGUAAAACUGGUUAAACCAUCCAAGUUAUUUAAAAACAUUAAAACUGUAAUAAUAAAAACAAAGUGAACUACACCUUCAAUUUCAGAUUAAUUGCAAGAAGUUUUCAAUUUCUGAAAAAUUAAUCAAAAAUGUUUACAUGGCUGCUUGAAACCAGUUAAGGCCCUGAAAUUUGAGGACUAUGUACAAAAAAUGCUAUUUCUACAUGGUGAAACCAAAAUGGAUUUUUAAAAAAUUGUUUAAUAAAAACUGAAAAUCUGCACUUAAA